AUGUGUGACGAUGAUGAUAAAAAAUAUGAUGAUUAUGAUGAUGAUGAUGGUGAUGGUGGUAGGAGUGGUGGGAGGGAGCUUAAGCAAAGAUAUCGGCGACGUCAACAUGCGUGGCAAAAAAGUAAAGGUUUAGAUUGGCAAAACAACAACUCUGCACGUGCAUCACGCUUUUUUGUGCAUUUCUUUGCGGUAACUGCAUGACUACGACGUGAAAAUACCUAACUUCACGUUUUGUCGAGGACGUGAACACCAGACGACGACUUUCUUUUUAUUUUCCUGAACUUUGAUACAGUCUUCUAGAAUUCAACUCCAGAGAAAAUUGCCAACAUUUGAUGAAUUAAACGAGAUGGAAUAAGUGCGAUAAAGUUUGAAGCAGCGCGGCUUUACUUUUUGAGUGACGUUUUCGUAGCCAUCGCCGUCGUUGUUGCUUAAGCUCCCUAAUGUUGAUGAUGAUGGUGGUGGUGGUGGUGGUGGUGGUGAUGCUGCUACUGCUGCUGAUGAUGAUGGUGGUGGUGGUGGUAGUGGUGGUGACCGGGUGAUGAUGAUGAUGAUGAUGAUCUUGACGAUAGUGAUGAAAGCUGACGAUCAAGAUGAUGAUGCUUAA